AUGGCCGAGAAAAUCGAAAAGUACCACUACAUCGAAAUGGCUCUAUUUCUACAAGAGACUGACCGAUUUUCCAUUUUGAUAAGUGAAAUUCCAACCAAAAAAAUUCCUCCAUUCAUUAGACCAGACGCAAAAGCGGAUCCUGAGAAGGUUGACAAGGACUGGUUGAAAAAGUUCUUGUCAAAAGGAAAUGAAAACAAGGAUGAAGAUGUUGAGGCUGAGUUAAUGAAAACCCUGUUCGCUUGGGAGGUGAAAUGUUAUGAUCUGUUUCUUGCUAACCCACAGGGGAGACGGACACAUGAGUACUAUCUCAAUCGGAGGAAUAUAAAUUGA